CAUCAAUUAAUAAAACAUGGAGGUUUUUGAUGGUGCAGCACUGGCAGAACAAAUGGGAAUUGGCCAGGCUGAGUUUAUGGAGAUAUGGCACAGGGAAGAAUCUCUAAAGCUGAUGAAUCAAGGUGUUUUGAAUCUAGGAAACACAGCUUACAAGGAUCUUCAUACCCAGCCAGAAAAGAAUGGGAUAAUGGCAGUUUUGGAGCAUCAUUCAUGGGAGUUAUGCCACCUAAAUGUUUUGAUUCAAGAGCUCAAGUACAAUUCUGUCUGUCAAAAGUCAGAUCAAGCAUUUGUUAAUGCAAACAUUGAACAACAAGUGCAGCACCACUCUCAGGAGCUUCAUGUUCUAAAGGCUGAAGUUGACAACAUAAAAAGCAGCAUUACUUCCCUUAGGCGAGAGGUCUUCAGUCAGCUGGAAAAAGUGUUUAAAAAACUCAAGGAAAGUGAGCUGUCCACUAAAGAGACAGUUAAGCCUAACCAAGCCCCAAGUCUACCAGUGAAAGAUAACCAAAUGACAGCCUCAUCAGUAGUUAGCAAUAAUGGAAGAGCUCAAGUGAGUCAGGAAGUUAAACGUUCUUCCUUAUCAUCAUCACAUAGCACAGAUGACGACAGUUCAAUGGUUUCAGUCAACUCCUUCUCUCUACCUCUACCUGGUACUGGAAGUGAAAACUUUGCUGUUUCAAGGACAAACAAUUUAUCAUUUGAAAAAAGUGACAUCAAUGCUACAAAUGAUUCUAAUAAUAAAGUGAACUCUCAGCACACAGUUUUGAUAGCAAACUCCCAAGUUAUCCAAAAAGUUACUCCUAAAUGCCUUGCUUCAAAACAAUCUAAUGAUGUCCCAUUACAGUUCAUUGGUGAUGUCAACACCAAAGCUAUGGAAAGUUGUGCCACAAAAGAGAUUAUCACACCACAGUUUGGAGCUGGCAUUUGGAAAAAAGAAACCUCCCAGCCAAAUCAAAAUGUCAAAACUAGUGAUAAAGGUUUGGCUCAUCAGGUCACUUCAGUGUCUCAGCAUGUACCUCAGCCAGUACCUCAGAAAGUGAGUUCUACUACAGCACCACAGUCUAAGCCAGCCAGUGCCUCAACCCAUUCUUCACAAUCACUAAACUCAGUAAGCACUAUAAAUGUGCCACAAUUAGCUCUUAAAUCAAGUCAUGCUACAAUAGCAUCCAACUCAGCCAGUUCCACAUCAGUGGUUCAGCCACCUGUUAAAUCAACUUAUCUUUUGAAAGCACCAAACUCAGUGCCUCAAUCAGCCAUUAAAUCCACUGAUCCUUCAACAGCACCUAAUUCAGUAACAGUGCCCCAAUCAGCUGUUAAAUCCAAUCAGCCUACAAAACCUACAAACUCCUUGCCUCAACCACUAUUCAUACCAAGCGAUGGCAUCAUCACAAAAAUACCAGAGAGCCAUUUGUUCUACAACACACAGGAAGAUUUCCUAACCCCUUACUACCUGACCAGCAAGCUCACUUGCAAAAUUCGACUUCGUCUACAACUGGAUAAAACAAGCCGACGCCUACAUGUGUACGUACACAUAUCAGCUACGCCAAAGGUGGAGUUGCCAAUUUAUUUGACAGGGACCGGCUACAUCUCAGCCAAGGUGUCAGGGGGCAGUGGCUUCUCUGAACUGUGGCAGGUGUACUCAAGGCUAUCACAGCGGCCUGAGCCAGGCAAAGAGCUGGUCACAGAGGCCCGUGUCUGUCUAAAGACAAAGAGAAACACCUACAAGAACAUUACAUUUGAUCAGCUCAUCAGUAUGGGCUAUGGCUGUGAGAGAUUUCUUGUUGUUAAAUGGGAUUUAGCUGCAAGCACAGACAUUAAUCAACAACAGUGAUUGUGCUCUAGGAUAACAUUGUACCAAGUUACCUUAGGAACCAAAUUCACAACACAAUACAAAAAUGAUUCUUUUGUAUUGUCCCCUGUAGGACUAAGCUACAGGAGAACUUGAUGACCUACAUGUCUAAACCAUGUUGUUUUAAUCUCAUGUGUUGAUGGUGAUUUACUUAAUUAAUAAAUGGCAAUGAUUUACUAUUAACUCAAACUGAUCAAAACCGAGAAUUUUAAAAAGUUAAGGAUUUGAUCAUCCAUGUUUUUUCUGAUGCAGAAAUUUGUUGAAUAUUUUGUUUUAAAUUGCUCUAAAUGAUCUUAUAAUAUUCUUGUCAUUUCCGGUGAUGUAUCAUUUUAUUAUAUUCUGUGAAUCUGUACACACAUCUUUUAAUUAUAUUUAUCCUACAAUCUUUUUCAAGCUAACAUUUACCUAUUUUGUAAGUUAAACAUGUCAUAUGAUUAUAAAACCUUUUUCUGUUAAUUGUU